GACUCAGAGGAUGAUGAUCAGAUGUCUGAGGGCGGCGUUGAGCCGAAGGUGCAGUGGGGUGACCAGGCAACGACUGCAUUUGGCAAGUGGCAGCGAGGGGUCGACAGGCUAACUCCAGAUUUGAUGAAGCAGAGCGAUCAGCUUCUGGAGUUGGUGCAGGGUGCGGUGUGCCAGCAAUGGCCUCUCGCAUCGGGCGUGGCCAUGGCACUGAACGGUGCCAUGCUCAAGUGCGUCGCGCUGGCUCGGGAGUUCGCGCGCUUCACGAACCCCAAUGGCGCCCUCGAGUACGUGGAGAAGCGCGCGGUCGACAACGCU